AUGAGUGUGAUCUCUGCCAACGUCGCAGCCCAGAUUCGAGUCUGCGAGCAGACCAUCCACCAGAUUCGCCACAUCGGGCGAAAGAAAGAAGGCGUCUUGGAUGAUGAGUUCCGGCAGAACAUGCAGAGGAACCUGGCAUCACAGCUGCAGCACCUUUCCAAGCGCUGCCGCGAACUUCAGAAGGCCUACAUGACGCAGCUGAAGAGCCGGAAGGAAGCACCUAGCGCCGCUGCGGCGGCUGCAGCUGCAGAGGACUCUGGUGGCUAUGGGGGGCCGGCCUUGUCAUCUGCAGCUCCAGUGCAGAUGCAGCAGCAGCUGAAUGAGCUGGAUGAGAUGGAGGCCAUUGCCGCUCAGCGCAGCAGCGACAUCGCACAGAUCGCCUCCUCAGUCGUCGAGCUGAACCGGAUAUUCCGGGACCUGGCUGAGUUGGUCAUCGACCAGGGGACCAUCCUCGACCGCAUCGACCACAACACAGAGAAGAUCUACCAGCGCUCAGACGAGGCGAAAGGGCAGCUCCACCAAGCUGUGACGAGGAAAAAAGAGAGCGACACCCGUGCCUGGAGGUGCCUCCUUGCCUGGGGCGCUGCAGAUGUGAUCCUGAUCAUCGUGCUGCUGGUGAAAUAUCAGCUGAAGUACGGCCUCAAGAACGUGCUCAUCUUCCUGGUGAUCGCCGCCGUCCUAAUCACAGGUUGCUACUGCGGCCUGAAGCAAUACCGUCCAAAGGUCAUCGCCGAAGGUCCUGCCUACUUUGAGCGAAUUAUCCCGGAGGGCUACCGUCCAGAGGACCUGUGGAAGAAGAUUCGUCCUGGCCCCAUGAAUACUGCGAAGAUGGGAAUGUCAGCCAUGCGCGGUGGUGCCGCAGCCUGA